UUAUACGAUGGAAAAAUCCAUGGUGCUCAUAUUGUUAAUAAUUUGCUACAUUACAACUAUAAUUGUCGUCGCCCAGCAUUCGGUGCCGUUUCCGUCAAAAGGAGGGGAUUCAUGCAACGUAGUUCAAGUCAACUGCGGGUCUGACGCUCCUGUUAAUAAUGAAAGAGCCUCUCAACACCUUAGACGUUCAGGCCCGCCCGGGAAACUUGGCCCCAAAGGUGACCCCGGUGGUACUGGGCCAGUGGGACCUCAAGGUAUUAAAGGAGCAAAAGGAGACGCGCCGGAUUACGUGAGAAUUCAAAACAUGAUGAGUGCAACAAGCUGCAAGGAACUGAACGAAAUUCACAGAGUUUCAACAACCGGAUAUUACCCCAUUGAGAACGAUUGGUACCGGAGUUCUGGUCUCUGUUUACUGCGACUUCAGAUUUAUGACGGCGUAUCCAAUUGUAAAGAGUUCAUAUUGCGGUACGGUAUUUCAACAUCCGGGUUUUAUCGUCUAAGAAUGACCUCAAGUGAGCAACCGAAAUACCAUUACUGCUCAGAUGUUUUUACGUGCAAGCAACUUCAGGAAAGAGCCGAAAUUGAGACGUCUGGGAAAUACCUUCUUGGGUCAGCCAACAACCAAUAUGAGGUUCAUUGUGACUUUUCUGGAUCGGAUGCAAUCACUGAAAUUCGACAUGAUUCCAUGAAUGAGGUGAAGAUGACAAACUGCGAAGAUCGUGGAUGCUACUCCAAGAUUCCUCGGUAUACAAUCAGCCUGAAUUAUACGAUUAAAAUCAUAGAGAACUCAAGGGAAUGUCGGCAAUAUAUUAAGGCCCGUUGUCAAGGCAUGGUCUUAUUUCGAACUAAUCCUUAUGCCUGGUGGGUUUCACGAGAUGGAGAGAAGAUGAUGUAUUGGGGUGGAGCAAUUUCCAAGAUAAAUUAUUAUUGCGCUUGUGGAGAGACAGGCCAAUGUGCUGACAACGCAUGGAAAUGCAAUUGCGAUAAGAACGACGGCACCAUCAGGGCAGACGAAGGAUUCCUGACCGCCAAGACCAAGUUACCGGUCAAAGAAAUAAGAUUCGGCGACAUGGGCAAUAAGGGAGAAAAUGGAUGGCACACUCUCGGCAAAUUAGAAUGCAUGGGUUAAAAUCUCAGAACCUAUGGAAACUGCUAUAACCGAUGUAAAAAAUAAUGGAAUUUUCUCUAUAUUACCAUGGUUCAUAUAUUUUAAAUAUUUUCUCGCAUAGCGAGCCUAUAAUUAAGUAACACAUGGUACGUUGAAAGAAACAAAGUUUUGCAAUAUAGGAAUGUAUUGUCAUAGCGCCUCACAAUUCGAAGUUGACUUGGUGACAUUUUUUACAACUUCAAUUUAAAUCAUAUAGUAUAUAUACAAUAACGUUUGAGAAUGGCUGGUUUGAAUUUAAUAAAAUAAGUUCAUCUUGCAAAGGUGGUCAUUGCUACUAGUUUAACUAAUUGUUACUCGGAAUACCUCCCCUCCCAAACUUUAUACAUGCUAAUUGAUUUUUCAGCAUUGAGUACAGGUAGUUAGUAGUCUGGGUAACUCCUUUUUGAUAAUUUCGUUAUGGUUUUCCCCGAUUCUCUCUCCAGUUUAACAAUGCUCAAUAAUUUCCAAUUAUUAGAUAGAUUUAACUCUUGUCAUUUGUUUAUUACAUUUGAAUGCCUACUAUCAACUGACCACCAAAUUCAAAAUGUGUGUAUGUAAUUAAAGAGUUAUAAACGACAAAUACCUGAAAGCUCUCAAUUAUCUCCAAUUACUUUUUCGAUUGGUGACUAUUGAAAACUUGUGGGUAAGAGUUUGACAAUUUUUCUAGAAUUUGAUAAGCAAUUUCUAUACGCCUUCACUUUGAACAAAGCCCUUUAAAGGCAUCCACACCUGUGACCUGAAUAGGAAGAUCAUAUAGUUACGACCUCAAUUUAUAGUUUAAAAGCCGUUUGUGUGGACGUGGAAUUUACUCAAGAUGUAUAAUAUAACAUGAAAUACCAACAACGUUAAAACCAAUAAUUAUUAAAGCUAACUGAAUUUGGCAACCAUCCAACUUUCACAAGAUUGAUCAUAAUUUUACGUCGUUCGGUUGUUUAAAGUCAGUAAUUGAGAUAAAUACCGGAUAUUUUGAAAUGAAAGUUUCCGGUUUCCAUCAACAACUGUUAUAUCUUUUCCAGUCUACUAAGUUUA